UUUGGUUUGGGAGAAAGCCGCAUUCUUUCGGCAGAAGCCCACGCCGUUCUGAAGGGCUGUGGAGCAAAGCGGGCAUGACUUGCAGGGAGUGGAGCUGUGUGACUUUCUAUUUUCCAUAUGGGCAUCUUGUGGGCCAAAUCCCCUUCCGGGGAAGUUUUGAAUCUACUUUUUCUCGGUUCCUUAUGCAAAUCAGAGUACACUUUGGAAGGUCAACAUGGUUGUAAAAGCUGUUCAGUGAAAUGCAAGGAACGUGUCUCCAUGUGUCUCCAAAUCAAGGGACAACUUGUCCAAGACAUGCAAGUGGUGGAGAUUUCUUUGAACUCCAUCUCUUUAGGGUCCGAGUUUGAUGAGAAGGGAUCGAACUGUGCUGCCUCAAGGAUUUGCACCAAAGUUUUGAGACGUGAAACCAUUCGCCCGUCCUCUUCCAGCAAUGGCGGAGACCUUCGCCUUCAAUGCUGACAUCCAGCAGUUGAUGAGCUUGAUUAUCAAUACGUUCUACUCCAACAAGGAAAUCUUCUUGCGAGAGUUGAUCUCCAAUGCCUCGGAUGCCUUGGACAAGAUCCGUUACGAGUCCAUCACCGACCCGGACAAGAUCGAGGCCCAGCCCAAUUUCUUCAUCAAGAUCGUGCCAGACAAGACGAACUCGACAUUGACCAUCGAGGACUCUGGCAUUGGCAUGACCAAGAAUGAACUCAUCAACAACUUGGGCACUAUUGCCAAGUCAGGCACCAAAGCUUUCAUGGAAGCUAUGGCUGCUGGGGGUGACAUCUCCAUGAUUGGCCAGUUCGGUGUCGGCUUCUACAGCGCAUACCUUGUGUCAGACAAGGUUCGCGUUGUGAGCAAGCACAAUGACGAUGAGCAGUACAUUUGGGAGUCGGGAGCUGGUGGCUCUUUCACUGUGCAGAAGGACACUGAGCUUGUGCAUGGUGAGAUCAAGCGCGGUACGAAAAUCAUUUGCUACCUCAAAGAGGACCAAUCCGAGUUCUUGGAGGAGCGCCGCCUGAAGGACUUGGUGAAGAAGCAUUCCGAGUUUAUCGGCUUCCCAAUCGAGCUCUAUGUCGAGAAGAGCAAGGAGAAGGAGGUCACCGACAGCGAGGAUGAGGGUGAAGAGGAGAAGAAGGAAGAGGGUGACGAGCCCAAGAUCGAGGAGGUCGAUGAGGAGAAGGAGAAGGAGGAGAAGAAGAAGAAAACGAAGAAGGUCAAGGAGGUGUCCCAUGAGUGGGAGCAGCUCAACAAGAACAAGCCGUUGUGGAUGCGUAAGUCUGAGGAUGUGACCAACGAAGAGUAUGCAAGCUUCUACAAGUCUUUGUCCAACGACUGGGAGGAUCACUUGGCUGUCAAGCACUUCAGCGUUGAAGGCCAACUGGAGUUCCGUGCGCUGCUGUUUGUGCCUCGCCGGGCUCCUUUCGACCUCUUUGAGACCAAGAAGAAGCGCAACAACAUCAAGCUGUACGUGCGCCGUGUUUUCAUCAUGGACGACUGCGAGGAGUUGAUGCCAGAGUGGCUGAACUUCGUGAAGGGUGUCGUGGACUCUGAGGACUUGCCUUUGAACAUCUCUCGCGAGACCCUUCAGCAGAACAAGAUCCUGCGAGUGAUCAAGAAGAAUUUGGUGAAGAAGUGCUUGGAGAUGUUCGCCGAGAUUGCCGAGAAGAAGGACGACUACAAGAAGUUCUACGAGCAGUUCGGCAAGUGCCUCAAGCUUGGAGUGCAUGAAGACUCCACCAACCGAACGAAGGUAG